GAAAAACUCUUUCCACAAAACACGUUUUAUUUCUCUUGCGUAUACACCCUUGCGUAUGCACAUAUUUCCCCUCCCUUCUAUUUACCCACGCGGAUAUUUGCUGAAACUCGAUUCAAACUCGAUUCCUCCUUGCGUAUUCCUGGAUUCGUUUAUUUCCACAGAGUUCCCUUUAAAUUAUAUCCAGCAAAUAUCGUCCAGUUUUUCGAGAAAAAUCCGAUUCGUUCAUAAUCGUGGAUAAAUUCGAUCCAUUAAGAAAAAUCAUGAGUACGACGAAACCGACCAGCUGCAAAGAGGCGAUCCGAAUGUGGGAGGAAGAGAAUAAACAAGACGCCUCGACCGCGAAGGAAAUGAUCCUCAGCUUUCGAUGGCCGCCCAUAGAAAAAAUGGACAAUUCUCUGGCGGUUUUGGUCAAUUGUGAAAAGCUCUCCCUCUCGACGAAUAUGAUCGAAAAGAUUGCGGGAAUCGGAACGUUGAAGAAUCUGAAGAUCCUCGCGUUGGGCCGCAAUCUGAUCAAAUCGUUCGCCGGAUUGGAGCCAUUGGGCGACACUCUCGAGGAACUUUGGAUUUCGUACAACCUGAUCGAGAAAAUGAAGGGAAUCAACGCGAUGAAAAAUUUGCGCGUCCUCUACAUGUCGAAUAACCUGGUCAAAGAUUGGCACGAGUUCAAUAGACUUCAGGAACUCACGAAUCUUCGUGAUUUACUUUUCGUCGGAAAUCCAUUGUACGAGAGUCUCGAGGUUGAAAUCUGGAAAUCGGAGGUAGCUAAACGUCUGCCAAUGUUAGAAAAAUUAGACGGUGAAUUGAUCAUACGAACAGAGGAAACAGAGACUUCGUUGCAACUUGACAGUCCUGUGCAAAUAUGAAGACCAGUGGAUUGUUUAUAAAUCUUUUUUCGAUUGCUAUAUUUUUAUAUUUUAUUUUAUAAUUUAUUUGAUAAGCUAUUUAUUUCUCGUCCGUUUACUUUUUCUAUUAUUUUUAUUUCUAUGCGAUUUUAAUUUUGUAUGCAAGUAUACAUGUACAAAGUUGUAAAAUAAAUAUUUUUGUAAAAU